AGUGCAGAAAGUGCUAGUUCGAGCAUUAGCUUCGAGUCGGCCACGGCGUCCGUUUCAUCAGAUCCAGGUGAAGCGCUUUAUGCGAGCACUGUCGACACUGUACCGUUGUUUCUGAAUUUUUCAUGCACACUGCGCUUUUCCAACAGAGAAGUGUAUACAUUUCCCAUCGAUCAUUUGCCGUCCUGCGUUAUGGAGUUACUGAAACAUUGCUCCGAAAUUUACAGCAAGAGUUUCACCGGGAUGGAUCUUAUCCGAAUCUCUUUUGGCAUAUAUGUCCUCUCAUGGCCUGUUGUCCGGGCCACAUCGGUUGGCCAGUUGGAUGCUUAUAUGGUUUCACCUAAGAAACCGGACUUCUCCCCAAAAUUUCGCAAAUUCGCGAAUUAUUUUGAUUUUGAUUAUUCUUAUCCGGCAGCAACAUUGGAUGUCAUCUCACAGCUUCCACGUUCGGAAAACGAAGCAGUUCUGCGGCUGGAAUCUGGUAUUUCUCGUUUACUUAAGAUGGAAACAGUUCUAGUGCUAUCACGUUACGACGUAACACUUGAUACAUUACAGCGCGUAAUGAAUUUCACUAUUGAAGAGGUAGACGCCUCUUUCACUGAUCUAAAAUUCCUUUCCACCGAGGCGCUUCCAUAUCAUCAGGAUUUCACAAAUUUUGUGGCUAUGACAAGGACAUAUUAUUGGUCCGAAGCCUCUUUAUGUCAGAUUUUCCCUUUGAUGCUAGUGAGACACAUUCAGACGCCAAAUGCGUGUAUUUCACGCUCCCCGUUCCCUGUUGUUUGUGUUCAGUUUGUGCCUGUCAUCAACAUUGUGUAG